UCUGUUUGUCGACUGAAAGGUUUAGCACAACCACCUGAACUUGCUCAGGAUGGUGACCUUUUUUUUGGAGGCAUUUUUUCAUUUCGCACAGAUCAGGAUUUUAUCGUUGACACUUUUCAGACGAUUCCAAAACCUUUCUUGUGUUCUAGUUUCAAUUUUAGAGAAUUUCAAUUUGCUCAAACAAUGAUCUUUGCUAUAAAUGAAAUCAACAAAAACCCAGAGAUGCUGCCUGGUGUUAGAAUUGGCUACAAGAUUUAUAAUAACUGUGGAACUAUGGAUAUACUGAGAGCUGCACUGGCACUUGUGAGUGGACUAAAAACAGAAGUCAGUGAUGAAAACUGUACAAAAUCUGAUACAGUGCAAGCUAUUAUAGGACAUUCAGGAUCCAGUCCAACCAUUGCAUUUGCACAGGUUGUUGGAAGAUUUCAAAUACCUGUGAUAAGUCAUUUUGCAACAUGUGCUUGUCUGAGUAACAGAAAAGAGUACCCAACAUUUUAUAGAACCAUCCCCAGUGAUUACUACCAAAGCAAAGCUCUGGCAAAGCUGGUGAAGUAUUUUGGGUGGACAUGGGUUGGGGCUAUAGCUGUGAAUAAUGAAUAUGGCCUGAAUGGCAUUGCAGCAUUCAUCCAAGCUGCAGAAGACUAUAAAGUUUGUGUAGAGUACUCUGAAGCAUUUUCAUCUUCAGAUCCACCACAUGCCCUUCAGGAAAUAGUACAAACCAUAAAGCAUUCAACUGCCAAAGUUAUCAUUGCUUUCAUGUCUCACAGAGAAAUUAAACUGUUGGCUUCUGAGUUGUACAAAGAGAACAUAACAGGACUGCAGUGGAUCGGCAGUGACGCAUGGAUCACAGAUCCCUCGCUGACAGACAGCAUAGGAUACACCAUCUUGCUGGGCUCACUUGGCUUUACUGUAACUAAAGCAACAAUCCCUGGGCUGGAGGAGUAUCUAAAGCAGAUCCACCCUUCACAGUUCCCUGACAGUCAGUUUGUCAGAGAUUUCUGGGAAGCCGUAUUCGACUGCUCACUGAACAAAACUGUGAACCCACAAAAGAAGCCGUGCAGUGGCUUUGAGAGCUUGCAAACUGUUUCCUUACAGUUCACCGAUAUGACUGAGUUCAGAUUUGCAAAAAAUGUCUACAAGUCAGUGUAUGCAGUGGCUCAUGCUCUCAACAGUUUGUUUAAAUGUGAUGAUGCUAGGCCAUUCUCCAAUGCUAGCUGUUAUGCACCCAAACACUUCCAACCAUGGGAGGUAUUGGAAUAUUUAAAUUCUGUAAAUUUUACCACUUCGGAUGGGGAAAGAGUUUAUUUUGACGACAAUGGUGACUCACCAGCAAGAUAUGAACUUGUUAAUUUACAAAUGCAAAACAGAGGAACCAUGGAAGGUGAAACGGUUGGCAUUUUUGAUGCUUCUCUUCAAGAUGACAGUCAGUUCAUUAUGAGCAACAUCUCAGUUGUCUGGGGUAACGGAUUGACUGAGGUGCCUGUGUCAGAUUGCAGCAAGAAAUGUCUCCCAGGAACAUACAAGGUCCUCCAGAAAGGAAAACCUAUUUGCUGCCAUGAUUGCAUACCCUGUCCAGCUGGUGAAAUCAGUAAUUUAACAGAGUCACCACAAUGCAUGAAAUGUCCACCAGAGUUCUGGUCCAACAAAGAAAGAGAUGCCUGCAUCCCAAAACUAAUAGAGUUUUUGACAUACAAUGACAUUUUGGGGAUUUUGUUGGCAAUAUUUUCUCUGCUUGGAAUUUUUCUAACCAUGAUCACAACACUUAUCUUCUACAAUUAUAAAGAGACCCCUUUAGUACGUGCUAACAACUCUGAGCUGAGCUUCUUGCUGCUCUUCUCCUUGACUCUGUGUUUCCUGUGUUCUUUGACCUUCAUAGGUCGUCCCUCUGAGUGGUCGUGCAUGCUGAGACACACAGCAUUCGGCAUCACCUUUGUACUCUGCAUAUCUUGUGUUCUGGGUAAAACAAUAGUCGUUUUAAUAGCCUUUAGAGCUACACUUCCAGGCAGUAAUGUGAUGAAAUGGUUUGGACUUGCACAGCAGAGGUUCAGUGUCCUGGCUUUAACUUUUGUACAAGUUUUGAUCUGCAUACUUUGGCUCUCAAUAAGCCCACCGUUCCCUUUUAUGAAUUUGUCACUCCAUGAGGACAUAAUCAUCUUACAGUGUCAUCUUGGGACAACUAUUGGGUUUUGUGCUGUGUUGGGGUACAUAGGACUUCUGGCUGUAUUAUGUUUUGUUUUUGCCUUUUUGGCCCGCAAGCUGCCGGAUAACUUUAACGAAGCUAAAUUCAUCACUUUUAGCAUGUUGAUAUUCUGCACAGUUUGGAUUACGUUCAUUCCAGCAUAUGUCAGCUCUCCUGGAAAGUUUAUCGAUGCUGUGGAGAUAUUUGCUAUUUUGGCCUCCUCUUAUGGCCUCCUAUUCUGCAUCUUUCUGCCAAAAUGUUAUAUCAUCUUGUUUAGGCCGGAGCAGAAUACCAAGAAACAUAUGAUGGAAAGGACAUCCAAAACUGAUGCACAAUAUUAA